AUGGGGGCAAAGAACUUCAUGACUGCUAAGGAGAAGGACUAUGUUGCCGAAAGCCUUAGAAGAAACAUGAGGUACUUCCGGUCGGACAUUGACUAUGCAGCCCUUUUUAGGCAGGGGCAGGAGAAGAUUGAAGUGAGGUGUGAUGAUGAGGAGCCAAAAAGGAACAUCAACCUGGUUUUUGGGAAGGAAAACAAAAAGUCCUCAAGAAGGCCAAGGCCGUACUGCGGGAUAGAUGCGCAAGACGCCACGCAGAAGGUCAGGAAUAUGCUUCUUUUGGAAGAGCUCAUCGACCUGUACACUGUCAGGAGGUAUUGUAAACUUUCCGAAGAUGAUUUGAGAGAAAAUACAAGGAUGCUCAGGUCGGGCCUUCUCUCCAAGUUUGGCACGCUCGUCUCUAUCGCAAAGUUCCUUAGGUUUUUAGGAGAUUACUUUUCUUACAUUGAAGAGGACGAGAGGAGAGAGAUUGUGCAUCUACUUCAGAAAACAUUUCAUUUAAUCGAAGACAUGCCCGAGUUCUAUGACAUGAUGGGGUCUCUGUUGAACUCGAUUCCCCUGAUUUCCGAGGCAGAUCUGGAAGAUGGGUUUGUCUCCACAUUUCUCUUUUUCCCUAGCGGCCUGAUUCUAGCAACCUCGCUACUUAUACAGAAUGAGGCUCUAUGUGACAUAUUCUACGAGGCAGCCAUCAGUGAACCCUCCUGGCCCUUCACAAAGAACAGAUAUGGAUGGCAAUUCCUUUCUGUCAUGAUUUCCUUGGUGAGCGAGGAGAAGCAAAAAUCUGUUGUAAAGAAGGCCCGGCCCUAUCUGCUGGAGAUUGCCAGGGGGCCUGAUGAUGAGAGGAUGGAUGGUGCCAUGCUGUUUUUGAAAGCAAUAGGUGCGGACAUGGACGAGCUCAAAUGUUAUAGCGAGUGA